AUGAAUAUUCGUACUUUGAUGCCAUGUGUAUAUAUAUUUUUCUUAAUUGGAGUUAUCGUCGAUUGCUAUAUUUUAAUCAAAAGUUAUACUCCGCAUCCUGGACCGGGCGGAUAUCAAAUUAUCGAUUCUUGGUCUGAUGAUAUUAGUCGUCCUAUGAGUGGUGAAAACUUCCAUCUGGCCAUCUUAGUCGAUUCUAAACCCCAGAACGUGGCAUACCGUUCAGGAAUUAGGCGUUCGUGGGGCAAUUCAAAGUCUACUUCAUCUAAAAAAGCAUGGGAUGUCUUUUUUAUUUAUGCUAAGCACAAAAAUUCGACUAUUAAUAGAAUUAUUACUGACGAAGCAGAAAAAAAGAAGGACUGCCUUAUCUUGGAUGAUGUCGAAAGUAAAUCUAUCGACGCAGCUAAAUUAGUGAGUGGGAUGAAAUGGCUAUUAGAUCAUACUACAUUCGAUUACUUGCUAGUUACUACAGAUAUAUCUUACGUUAAUGUUAACGCCGCCGUAAGAUUACUGAAACAGCUUGAACAUGAUCAUCGGACAACUGAUACCGUUACAGUAGCAAAAACCUCAAAGGUACGUAAUAUGGCAGAUAAAGGUGGUAGUGGAGGUAACAUUAUCGAUUCCGUUUAUAUUGGCAACGUUAAAGCAGGUGCUAUUGAUGUUGGAGCUCUUGUGACGUCUUAUAGUACAGUCCAGUAUUGCACCGAUUUAGGUUAUAUCCUAUCGCGCGACGUUGUUAGUGAAAUAGUUCAGUUGUUUCUAACAAUUGGGCAUACACCCAAAAAAGCAAAAAGUGAUAUAUUUAUUGGCUACAUGGCAAACAAGUUGCAACAUACCCCGGUUCAUAGCAAGUUUCUGGAAGGCGCAAGAAAGUGUAACGAGUUUAAAAAGUUAGUCAUGGAUCCAGAAUUAUCAGAUUCAGUGCGCCUAAAGAUCAAUAAAAGAAUUACCAAGCUAUCUAAUUCUGUCGUCUGUUGA